AAUCUCUUUUAUUUAGCUCUGUGCGGAUUUUUCACUCCGUAUUUUAAGUUUAAGAUAUUCGGGUUCUGCUUUCGACUACCUCCAUUCACGGCUCCAACAACAAGGGAAUUCCCGGUAGAAACCCGGCCUACUUUCCUAAUUGCGGUAAAGAACCGGAAGUUGAUCCGACACCGCACUGCCUCCCCCGGCAACACUUCCGGUCCGGGCCGCUUUUCGUCAGAAUCGGCGUUCGCCGAUCCGAAUGGCGGCGACUGGCUUCGUUUGGCCGCUGGCGCUUUGGAUCGUAGUAGUCGCAGCGACGCCGACGCCGCAAUCGACUAAGACGGUGUCCGUCGAGGCCGCGUCUCUUCCUCCUCCCCUGCCGCUGAAAGAGAAAAGCCACGAGAGUGCCUCCCGGCCUUCCUCCACCGCCACAAACACCACGACAUCCAGGCCCCCGCCGUCGGGGCUGUCAGGAUUGGGCCUACCAGCCCUUCACCGCGCGCUCUACGUCCUGGCCGGCCUGGCGGGCAUCGGCUUCCUCUACUAUCUCGGAGGCCGCACGUUUCGGACAAGGAAACCUCCACGGAAAAAAUACGGACUUCUGUCCAACUCAGAAGAUCCUAUGGAGAUGGCUUCUCUGGAGAGUGACGAAGAUACGGUAUUUGAAAUAAGGAAUCUGAGACGGUGAUAAUAGGACUUGUGGGUUUUCCAGCUGGACCAGAGAAGAAGCAGUUUUGCCAAUGGAAGAAACUCCAACCUCUGUUACUUUAAAAAAAAAAAAAAAUCCUGAAGUUCCUUGCGAUGUGAAAAACCUAAAUUUUCUCUUCAGGCCCCUCGAACAGAAGAAGGGUCGUACAGCCACGACAGUGAAUGUAUCUGCCCGGAGUUGCAAAAUUGCAGGGGGGGCAAAAUUAUGAGGGUUUCCCCAGGGUGGGGCUUUUUCUACCUUGCUAACCAAUUUGGAACGAGCGGCUGAGAUGCAAAAGGCGCCAUUCACAGUUUGAAUGCGGGUACUGGCCGCUCUCGCUUCGGAUGGGAUCUUGUAAGGAAAGCUGGACCCUCUUAAGAUUGGGAAAUUCAAGGAUGCACUUUGCGGCAGACACCGCCCUUUAGGGGAAAAAAGCUUGCGGGUCCAGGUGGGGUGUGUGGCACAAUGGAGGACACCAAAGCCAGGUCAGGUCAUUUACCAGCUUCUGCGUUAAGGAACUGCAGGCUGCCUGGAUUUCCUGUUCUACUUUCCUUUGGUUGUGUCAUGGAGACAAAAAAAUUGAGCCUGCUUUUGAAUCUGGUUGUUUGUGAAGCAAUAUCAUUCCAUAAACUGCUGGAGCAAGCGAAACAUACAAGCAGUUAGGUUUGAUGACUACAAACACGGUGCUGGCACCUGGUAAUUUUUGCAAAGAAAUUUGUUUUCCUUGUUUUUUUAGUUGAUUCCAUUUCACUGACUCUGUUUAGGGCUCAACUUGAUUCAUGUUGACCGAUCCCUUCUUCUCCCGGGGGAGAAGCAAGACAAAACCACAGUAGAUUGCUUAACAAUUGGAAAAACGUGUUUACAAAUGAAGGAUAGCAGAAAAUGCUCCAUUAGCAUCUUAAAAAUGUAAUGAGACAGCAGCUGUACUUUAGGGAGUACAUGCUGGGCCAGUAGCUGCAAACAAAAAUGAGUAAAACUUAGCCCUGCCUGGAUAGAUAGGAAAGCUCCUCCCCCCACCCCCCACCCAAUAAAUUAAUUCAGGUCCUAUUGAAUAUUUAAUCCAUUGCAGUUCUUUCCUCAGACAGGGUGAUGAUAUACUAUGACAAAAGUUUAAAAAUAUUUCCAGUUAAAUACAGAAGAUUGUUUUGGAUAGGAUGGUACUUGGAGAAAUAAGAACUAGAUGUUUGUUUGUUCAACCCAAUAAGUGAGUAAUAAUAAUUAUUCUUCUGCUGCAGUGGUUCUCAAACUUGGGAACUUUAAGGCACGUGGACUUCAAUUCCCAGAAUUCGCCAGCCAGCCACGAGUUGAAGUCCACAUGCCUUAAAAUUCCCAAGGUUGAGAAACACCGUGCUACUAUAUUUGGCCAGUAACAGAGGUAUUGUGUCCUCAAGUAAAAAUAUUUCUUGGGACCCAAGAAAUCAGCAAUAUUUUAAUGACCGAACUGCAAGAUGAUCAGUUCAGGCACGAUCCUUUGAUGGUUUAUUGGGACCAGCUGCUGUUAGAUUGGGAGUUUUGGUUUUUUUGAAGUGAUUUUAAGACAAGUCAGUUUAUAUUCGUGCAAUAAAAUGUUUUCAGUUUUAAAAACAAAGAAGGUUGAGAGAGCACCUCGCUACUAAACUGUGAUGCUUGUGGGAUUAUUUUUUUUUGUGUUGGUUCCAGAGGGGGAG